AUGGAACGGAUGGGAAAGAAAGGCAAGGUAGGUGGUGGUGGUGGUGGUGGUGGUGGUGGUCAAGGGCAAAGGGAAAGGGAAAGGGAAAGGGAAAGGGAAAGGGAAAGGGAAAGGAAGGGUAAAGAGAGGGAAGGGCAAGGGAAGGGAAGAGAAGGGAAGGAAGCAAAAGGGAAGUGGGAAUUGGAUUGGGAAAGAACGAUGAGAGAGAGCAAGCAAGAGAGAGCAAAGAGAGCAAAGAGAGCGAGAGAGAUUGUCCACGCUAGUUCGUCCAAAGUGCCGUAG